AUGUUAGGAGCGAAUAACGCCAAUGAAGUGGUGUUUCUAUCUGGUGGGACCGAAUCUAUUAAUUACGCAAUCAAAGGUUCAGUAUUUGCAGCGAAACGUUCGAGCGGUCGUAAUCAUAUCAUUACAUCACGUAUUGAACAUGUCGCAGUCUUGGAAACUUGUAAAUGGCUAGAGACACAAGGAUUUCGUGUCACGUAUGUACCAGUGGAUUGUUUUGGUUGUGUACGGAUACAAGACGUUGUUGAUGCCCUGACGUCACAGACGUGUUUAGUAUCAAUCAUGCUGGCAAAUAAUGAAGUUGGCUCGUUACAACCAGUCGCAGAAAUCUCACAAGCCGUACGACAAUUUGUUGCUGUGAAUCAAGAGACGAAGAAAAAGAAGGAGAAGAAUGGGUCCGUGAUUCUUGUACACACGGAUGCAAGUCAAGCUAUUGGCAAAGUUCGUGUCAAUGUCCAAGAGCUUGGAGUUGAUUUACUAACAGUAGCAGGUCAUAAAUUCUAUGCGCCAAAGGGUAUUGGUGCACUCUACGUUCGUGAAAAUACAAUGCUGGACACGAUUAUUCACGGAGCAUUACAGGAAAAUGGACGUCGUGCUGGUACAGAGAAUGUUGCACUAGUGGCGGCAUUAGGACAGGCUUGUGUGCUUGUUGAAGAAAACUUGCACGAAUAUGCUGUCAUUAUGAAAGAAAGCAGGGCAUUUCUUCUGGAGCAGAUCCAGAAACAUUGCAGUCUCUCAAAUGUUAGCUACCGAGUGAAUGGACAUCCAGAACUUUCACUGCCUAACACGCUCAGUAUCAGCUUUGAACACAUUGACGCACCACGUCUCCUGGACUUGAUUGCGGCCGAUGGCGUCUAUGCGAGUGCAGGAUCAGCGUGUCAUGGCCACAAGCAGGACAGGACUAUUGACGAGGAGGCAAACUUAGAGCAUCAGGAGGAAGACAUUGCUGCUAUCUCGCACGUGUUAGUUGCCAUGCACGUGGCCCCUGAGUUUGCUAAAGGUACGCUUCGCUUGUCAGUGGGACGCUCCACGACGCAGGAAGAGGUGUUAUACGCUGCUAACGCGAUUCACAAGGCCAUUCAGCAACUUUUGUAG